UCGUUUCGUCCUUCCUAUAGAGCUCUUCAUUCUUCAUCUUCUUCCUCUAAUCAAGUAUGUUAGAUCUAAUCGUGUUAGAUCAUAGAGAAAGAAGAGAGAUUGAAUCAGUUUGAGAGAGGAGAGAGAGAGCUUGAGCGAUUGUAACACAUAUAGAAGUUUCACAAAGGUUCUAGUGGAUUUGCGGAGAAGAUUACUCCGGCGAGACGUUUCCCGUGAAAUCGUUAAAUCUGUGUGUUGUUGUGUUCUUGUUCGUUUUAUCUUUGUUUUCUGGUUUCUUUCGAUUCAAGUGAUUUGUGAGCUCAAUCGGCGGUAGAAACCUUGACAGAAUCAUUGACCUUUGUGAGCUCUGGAACUUUUCAUUCAAUCUGAAAUUGGUGUGUUCAAUGGAAAUGGCUAAAGAUGGGUAGAUUUGGUUUCUUUGGUGUCUCAUGAGCUAAAGACUAUGGUCCGAUUUUAACUGAGGAGUUUUAAGCUUUCUUCAUAAAGAUCAAACCUUUCCUGUCUUAAUACAAAACAAAACAAAAAAAAAGAAUAAAAUAAAAGAAUGAGAGUUUCCUCAUGUAUAGCGAAUCACGGUUCUGAGACGAAGUGGUACAAAUUGCCAUUUGGAGCAUUCUUGUCCACAUAAUCUACCUACCAGUCUACCACCAUUGACAAGCUUUAAACUUUUUAUGCAUAAAAAGGGGAGAUAACUUGUAUUCCGAGAGUGAGAGAUAGAGAUAUGUGGAAGAGCAUACGUGAAUUGAGUUGCGAUGAUUAUGUCAAAGCUGGAUUGACUUUGGAAGACGCCAAAGAAUUUGAAAAAUUGGUGAGUGAUGUGAUUUCAAAGACUAAAAAGACUGAUCCAAGAGAUCAGUGGAAGGCUUUGAUGGAUGAGAAUGUGCUUAAGCCAUGGCAUCCGCAUCCUCUGCAUCAGCUUCUCUAUUACUCUGUCUAUUCUAACUGGGACUCCUCUGUUCAUGGCCCCCCUCUCUAUUGGUUUCCUUCUCCAUCUCAGUCAAAAUCCACAAAUUUGGGGAAGCUGAUGGAAACUCACGGGUCAAGGCUUCUUGGUGCUUCAUAUAAAAACCCUCUUGAAAGUUUUGAACUUUUCCGGAGAUUCUCAGUUGAACACCCUCAAGUUUAUUGGUCACUCGUUAUCGAUGAGCUUUCACUCGUGUUUCGUUCUCCUCCUAGGUGCAUCCUUGACAAAUCAAAACUUGGAGGGACAUGGCUUCCUGAUGCAGUUCUGAAUAUUGCUGAAUGUUGUCUGAUGCCUUCAAGCCAUCCCAAAAAGGAUGAUGACAGUGUGGCGGUUGUAUGGCGAGAUGAAGGCUUUGAUGAUUCUCCAGUCAAUCAAAUGACAUUGAAAGAACUCCGCGAGCGAGUAACGUUGGCGGCAAAGGCGAUAGGUGGAAGUUUUGAAAAGGGUGACACUAUUGCAAUCGAUAUGCCAAUGACAGUUGAUGCAGUGAUUAUAUAUCUCGCAAUCAUAUUAGCCGGUUGCGUUGUUGUCUCCAUCGCAGACAGCUUUGCAGCUAAAGAAAUUGCAACACGGUUGAAAAUUUCUAAGGCAAAAGGCAUAUUCACUCAGGACUAUAUACUCAGAGGAGGUCGAAGAUUUCCUUUAUACAGCAAGGUGGUUGAAGCUGCUCCAUCUAAGGUCAUUGUCCUCCCCUCUUCAGGGACUGAAUUGUGUGUUCAGUUAAGAGAACAGGACAUACCAUGGAUGGAUUUCCUUUCCAACUGGAAAACACUUCUUAGUGGAGAUAACUACUAUCGUCCAAUUUAUCUACCUGUAGACGCUGUGAUUAACAUUCUCUUCUCAUCUGGAACGACAGGUGAACCGAAAGCUAUACCGUGGACACAGCUCUCGCCAAUUCGUAGUGCUUGUGAUGGAUGGGCUCAUGCUGAUGUCCAAGUGGGUAAUAUAUAUUGUUGGCCUACAAAUCUUGGAUGGGUAAUGGGACCAACUCUUAUAUUUUCCUGCUUUCUAACUGGUGCAACUCUGGCUCUCUACAACGGGUCUCCCCUUGGCUGGGGUUUUGGAAAGUUUGUUCAGGAUGCUGGAGUUACAGUUCUCGGUACUGUUCCAAGCUUGGUGAAAACUUGGAAGAGGAUCAACUGUAUGGAAGGGCUUAACUGGACAAAGAUAAAAUAUUUCGCCACCACAGGAGAAGCUUCCAAUGUUGAUGAUGUUCUCUGGCUUUCUUCUAAAGCUUAUUACAAACCUGUGAUUGAAUGCUGUGGAGGCACGGAACUGGCUUCUUCAUACAUCAUAGGAAGUCCGCUUCAGCCGCAAGCUUUUGGAGCAUUUAGUACACCGUCUAUGACAACUAGAAUUAUCAUCUUCGACGAAAAUGGUGUCCCAUAUCCGGAUGAUCAACCGUGUACUGGAGAAGUUGGUUUGUUCCCGCAGCACCUCGGGGCCACAGAUAGACUUCUGAAUGCAGACCAUGACGAGGUUUAUUUCAAGGGAAUGCCAAUGUACAAAGAAACACGACUUAGAAGACACGGUGACAUCCUGAGGCGAACGGUAGGAGGAUAUUACAAUGUUCAAGGCAGAGCUGAUGAUACCAUGAACCUUGGAGGCAUUAAGACGAGUUCUAUUGAGAUUGAGCGGGUGUGUGAUCAAGCUGAUGAGUGCAUCUCUGAGACGGCUGCAGUCAGUUUAGCCCCGCCAGACGGUGGUCCAGAGUUGCUGGUCAUAUUCACCGUCUUGAAAGAAGGGUUCAAGAAACAGAGUGAAGAAGAGCUAAAGAUGAAAUUUUCGAGAACCAUUCAAAGAGAUCUUAAUCCUCUCUUCAAGGUAAGUUUGGUGAAGAUUGUACCUGAGUUUCCAAGAACAGCUUCAAACAAGUUAUUGAGAAGAGUCUUGAGAGAUCAGAUGAAGAAGGAACUACUAUCCUUACGUAGUCGAAUAUGAAGCCUUGAUCUUUAAAGUUUAAUUAAGAAUGAAAACUGGAAAAAUAGUUGAUAUACAGUCUACAUGAUUGAUUGAGUUAUGCUCAUCCCAAAUAAUAAAAUCGACUAGAUUAAAUAAA